AUGUCUAGAGUCACUGCUCCCGUCGCCAAGCUCUCCCGCGCCAUCAGCUCGACCGCCGCGCCCGCCGCCGUCUCCCGCAGCAGCGGCUCCCUCCUCGACAGCACCGCUCACCACGGCGGCGCUCCUCUCAUGCCCAAGUAUGCCGAUCUCCUCCGCGACCGCGAGCACAACAAGUCCCGUGGCAUCACCACCACCCACCGCCCUACUCCCCAGCCCAGCAUCGCCGACCGGCCCCGCCCGCUCAUGCAGACCUUCCACUCGAGCGCCAGCCAGGUCGGCGUGCCCCCGACGCACCUCGACGCCAUGAUCCUGCCCACCAUGGACUUUUCCUCCGCAGCCCCCGUCGCCGCCGGCCCGCGCGUCCCUCUUCUCCCCGACAACUACGGCGCCGCGCACGCCCUCGCGCCGUCCGCCCCCGAGGUCGCCUUCUCCAAGCCCACCAUCUUCGCCGCCGAGCCCGACCGAGUCGCGCCCGCCACGCCGCUCUCCGCCGUCGAGGGCCUCUCGCUCGACGGCAUCGAGCUCAAGUUUGCGCAUGACGCGCCUGCUGCCGACGGCAGCGGCAGCACAGCCGCCGAGCACGGCCACAUGAUCCGUGACUUCUGGAAGGGCAUGGUCGACGACGUUCUCGGUCCCGUCCCCAAGACCAUCUAA